ACUAAAGAGCGAGGGAAAGAGAUAAGCAGGCAGGGUGGAGGCUUGUCUGUUUGGAUCAAUAUUAGAACCUGUUCAGGUGGAGACAACUUUAAGCUACAGCGGGAGUUCAGCUCUCACCCCCUGCUCCUCCCCCCUCCUCCUCCCCCUCUCUACCUGCGACCCUGGAGCAGAAAGGUUCAGCCGGGUGUGUUGUGUUUGUGUCCCAGGCCCCCGAGGAGCCUCAGUCAGCCGGGUCCCAGCCCGGGCCCAACCCAGGUGAAGGUGUCCUCCAUGUCUGCCUGGAGAAGGUCGGCCAGCUGGAGCUGUGGCUACAGGAAGCCCAGAGGAGCCUGGUAGCCUCCGGAGCUGCCGGUCCAUCGACCAUGCAGGACGGCGUGGAGCAGCAACUCCUCACCUGCCAGGAGAUGUUCCUGGAGAUCGAGCAGAAAGUCGUCAGCCUGUCGGCGCUCGACCGGCAGCACCAGGAUGAGCUGGGAGCUGUGGGCGCCCAGCACGAGGCGGCCGAGCUGCUCUCCUCCAAGCUGGAGCUCCUGAAGGCCAACCUGGUCUGCUUCCAGCAGCUGCUCCAGGACAGGCAGGGAGAGGAGCGAGGCGUGGCACACAAAGAGCCACAGGAGAAGGAGUCGAAGCUGAGGCGCAGCGGCAGCGUUCAGGAGAUCUUCUCCUCGCCGAGAAACAAACUGCUCAGACAGAGCAGCCUACAACAGCAGAAGGAGUUGGAGCAGGAGCUGACUGAACAGAGAGGACUGACUCGGGCCAUCGCCAGGCAGGGCAGCAGAGCUCGACUCCACAGCCAGGACUCGGAGGACCACAACCAGCCGUCACCAUGGUCGCCUCCUGCUGCGGCUGGUGUGGAGGAGGACUCUACUCAGAAGAAGUGGGAUCGCCUCCGCGGUCGGCUGCUGAGUUUGGAGGAGAGUUUGCUGCUUCCCCCCUCUGAGGUGCCAGACUCAUCUAUGAGGCGCAGUGAUGGAACAGCAGGACGCAUGAUGGGCACACAAACCCUGAAAGAGCUCCAAACCCACAUCAGUCACCUGAGAGAGAUGGGACGCACGGCGCCGGAGCUGGAUCAGGCCUCCCCCAUGGACGGCUCUCAUCAGACGCUGGACGAGGGUUUGUUUCAUGUGCUGCACGGCACGUCCCUGUCCAUAUCCUCCAUCAACAACCUGCUGCACUCGCCUGCCGGAACGACACCCGAAGGAGACACGCAGCUGAGGCUGCUGCAGCUGCAGAGUCUGUCAGCAGAGCUGGCUACGCUCGGCGAGGAGUUGGCCUCUCAGGGGUCAAAGGUCAGCCGUGUCCUGGGGUCACAGCGCGGUCAGCAGUGUGUACAUGAUGUGUGUCGAGUCCUUCCGGUGGUCCGGGCUGCGCUGACGAGCAGAGAGAAGCAGCUGAGUGACCUGCAGGACCAGAAUGCAAAGCGGCAGAUACGACUAAAUGAGUUGCAUGCAGCCUUCACCUCUAACCAGACGACUGUUCACCAAACAGUCCAUGAGUUCAGUGGAGCCGCGAACCAACAACUACAGGCUGUGGAGCAGUCUCUGCAGCAGCAGGUUGAGCAGGUGAGCUCUCUGCUGGAGGAGGCCGACCCACACAACCUGUCUGCCUCUCUCAUCCACCCGGCCACACAGCUGCAGGUGGAGCUGGAUGGCGCUCUGCGUGGUGUUCGUUCACGCUGUGGCGAGCUGAGGAGCAGUGCGGAGCUGCAGCAGCAGUAUGAGCGGCUGGUCCACAGCCUGGAGGAGCUGCUCGCCCUGGGCUCCGAGCGCCUGGCUCGGCAGCCUGACAUGGAGCUCCACGACAGAGCUCAGCUCCAAAAGCUGCACAGCAGUCACACGAGGUUCUUUCAGUUCCUGGGCCAUCAUUCUAGUAUCCUGCAGUACCUGACCCAGAGCAUCCCAGAGAGCGCCCUCCAGAGGUGGAAGGGUGUGGUCACCGGCCUGCAGGCUGAGGUGACCCGACUGCAGCAGCAUGGACUGGAGAAAGGGACCAGGAUGCAGGAAACAUUACAGAUGUGGUCACAGUGGGAGGAGGACAGCGCCUGGUUGGACUCCCUACUGAAAAGCAUUGACACUUCAUUUCCCAAGAUGCACGAGGGGGGUGAUUCUGAGGAGCAGAUGUUGGAGAAGCUCUCCAUCUACCAGGAGCUGCACGGCGUCCUGGAGGGAAACAAGGCGCGCUCCGGCCGGUUGCUGGAGGCGGGGUUCUGGCUGCAGAUGGCGGGCUGUAGAGGAGUGGGCGUGUCCAGCAGCGAGCUGGAGGCACGCUGGAAAAACCUGCACAAGAGGGUGGAGCAUGAACGCACCACCCUGGACAGGAAGAGGAGGCUGAGGAGCAGGUUUUUUCGUGACUCCGCUGUACUGGCUGAAUGGAUGGGCGGGGCCAGAGGGAUGAUUGACAAAUGGAACCAGCUGUCUGUCACAGCCAAAGAGGAAAUGGAUGUCAAACAGAGGCGUGAACACUUCCUCCAGUUUGUGACUUUAAUCAAAGACAUGGAAGUCAGAUCUGGACUGAAGGUGGCUGUUCUCGGUGCUGGAGCUCAGCUGGUCCAGCUGAAGGAAGCAGACAGAGGCUCAGGUCCGGAGGACAAGGAGGCUUCACCGUCUCAGACUUCAGACCUGGAUCUGUGCUCUGUCCACUCCCAGCUCAGACAGAUCGAGCUGGACUGGUCCGGUCUGCUGGCCGACGUUCCCGUCGUCCAACAUGCUCUGCAUGAGCGAUGGGUGAAGACGUUGACCCAGCAGGGGGCGCUGUUGGAGCUGCAGGCCUGGAUGGAGGCCACUGAGUCGCAGCUCGGGGAGCAUGGCAGCGCAAUCAGCCAAACGUCGUCAGCCAGCAGUGGCCUGAGUCAGCUCCUGAAAUACUGCAAGGAGUGUCAGGCAGAGAUGUUGGCCCAUCAGGCCACCCUGGACUACGUCAACCAGCUGUUACAAACGUGCAGUACCGAAGAGGGCCAGGGGAGGCGCUACGAACACAACCAGUUUGCAGACGAACAGGGUCGUCUGAACCAUCAGUGGAUGAGUUUGCAGGAAACCCUCAGCUCUCAGGUCCAGGAGGUGGAGCAGGAGCUGAGGAGCAGAGCGGAGCGGGAGGCCCGACUGCAGCAGAUCAACAGCUGGAUCGCGGAUCAGAACCUCUGGAUGGACUCAGCUCAGACGCCCAGCUGCCAGACGGAGCUACAGAGGAGCGUCAACGCCUGUCAGGAUCUGGAGGAGAAGAUCAGGCAGAAGUCUGCCGCUCUUCAGGAGCUGAGAGACAAAGUCGGAGGAGAAAGCGGCAGCUGUGAUUUCAUCUUGCAGACAAAUAAAUCCAUCGAGGCCUGCGCAGCUCUCACACAACAGAAUGACUCAGUGAAACAGAGGCUGGUUCAGGUCCACGAGCUGUGGGACCGUGUGAAGAGGCGGUUGAAUCAGAUGAUGCUGAAGACGGCGAGAACGUCUCAGACUCUCGAGUAUCACGGCAGCACUCAGAUCUCCCUGCAGGCGCACAGAGACCUGCAUGAGAAGCUGCAGCUUCUUCAUGAGGAGACAGAAGCUUCAGAGGCAGAGUGGGACGAGCUGAGUCGAAUUGUCUCCUCCCUCAGAGACGCCGUCAGUCCUGAUGCUGCCGUCCUCCUCAAGGAGCAGCUGGACAGACAGAGAGACAGUUGGACUGUGGUGUCCCGAUCGUUGGAGCAGCAGCUCCAGAGGAGUCGGGGCGUCCUGCAGGUCUGGGACGUCUACGCUCGGCUGGCCGCGUCUUUCUCCCAGCAGCUGCAGACGCUGCAGAAAGACGCUGAGUCAGCGCUGAGCAGAGCGCCUGCAGACGAUAACACCAUGGAGCAGAUCGCUGUCAGGGUGCACGAUGUUCAGAGUCUCCUGGAGAGGUCGGACACUUUGCACUCUGACCUAGAGGGGGUGCUGGAGGCCUCCAAGGACUUGAUUGGCCACCUGGAACCUUCAGCUGCUUGUCUGAUCCAAUCAGAGAGCAGGUUGUUGUCGCGAAGCGUCCAGCAGCUGAGCCGCACGCUGACAGGGAAGCUGGGUCAGCUGCAAGAGGAGCUGGAGCGGCUGCAGGAGUUUGGAGACGUCUUGGAGUCGCUGGAGAGAAACGUGGAGCUUUGGCAGGAGCGUGUGCAGGAUGACGAGCGGACAGCAGACCAGUCUGGCCUCCUCGAGCUGAGCGGCCUGUCUGCUGACCUGGAUGUGCUGAACGAGCUGAGCUGCAGCCUGACGCUGGGUGACGCUUCGGCACGCCGCCUGCAACGCCUCAACCGCCGCUGGGCCGACGCCUCCGCCAGAGCUGAGGAGGCCUGCAGUGAGCUGCAGACGGAGGCGCUGAGGCAGCAGAGUUUUGAGCAGAAGUGUGAGAGCUGGAUGUCUUUCCUGCAGAGGAUGGAGGACAGCCUGGCUGUAGACGUGGCCGGCUCUUACAUCGGCCUCAGACAGCAGCUCUGUACGCACAAGCGGUUUCAGGCAGAGCUGUCCAUCGGUCACCAGAUCCUCCAUUCAGUCAUCACUGAAGCUCUUCAUCUGCUGCAGAAAGGAGAGGUGGAGGACAGGAGUGACUUCAUCCUGAAGCUCGCCCAGCUCAGGGAGCACUGGCAGGGGGCGGUGCAGCGGGCAGACCAGCGGCGCUCCCUGGUGGAAGGGCUGGUGAAACACUGGCAUCUGUACAGCCGCAGCCUGAAGAAGCUACAGAGGUUCCUGUCGGACACGCAGACCCUCCUUCCCCCCGCCGGACCGGCCUGCUGCAGCCUGCAACAGCUACGACGCUCCCUCCAGGACCUCCAGCACACAGAGCUGUUGUUCCAGAGGUACCAGUGCAGCUUCAUCCACACUCUGGACGUCGGCCAGCAGCUUUUCUCCAUGGGGGACGAGGAGACCCAGAAUCAGCUGCAGACGGAUUUGGGAACCCUGCAGGAGGAGUGGGACAACCUCCACAGCCUGCUGGGCCGGAGGAUGGAGCUCACCGAGGCCAUCGUCAAGAACUGGGAGCGCUGCGAGGCCGGACUAGAAGACAGCAUGCUGCAGCUGAAGGAUGUGAAGACCAGACUGAACCAGUCGAUGCCAGAGAGCGACGAUGAGCUGGAGAAUGACGAGAAGUUCAACAAGGAGAACGAGGACUCCCUGGAGGACUGGGCCGAGAGCCUGACAGAGCUGAGCACCAUGAAGACGGAUCUGUCCCAGUACAUCAUCGCCGACGAUGUCCUGCUGCUGCAGGAGCAGGUGGAGCACCUCCACUGUCAGUGGGAGGAGCUGUGCCUUAAGGUGUCUCUGCGUAAACAGGAGAUCGCCGAUCGCCUGAACGCCUGGAUCAUCUUCAACGAGAAGAACAAGGAGCUGUGUGAGUGGCUGACGCAGAUGGAGAACAAGGUGGCGCACAGCUCCGACCUCAACAUCGAGGAGAUGGUGGAGAAACUUAAGAAGGAUUGCAUGGAAGAGAUCAACUUGUUCAGCGAGAACAAAACUCACCUGAAGCAGCUCGGAGAGCAGCUCAUUACAGCCAGCAACAAGACCAAGGAGACGGAGGUCAACGACAAGCUGAAGGACGUCAACGACCGCUGGCAGCAUCUGUUUGACCACAUAGAGGCCAGGGUGAGGAAGCUGAAGGAGACCCUGGUGACGGUGCAGCAGCUUGACAAGAACAUGAGCAACCUGCGGACGUGGCUGUCUCGUAUCGAGGCGGAGCUGGCCAAACCGGUGGUGUACAACGUCUGCCACAGCGACGAGAUUCAGAGGAAACUGGCUGAGCAGCAGGAUCUGCAGCGGGACAUUGAACAGCACACAGAGAGCGUGGCGUCGGUGCUGACGCUUUGUGACGUCCUGCUCCACGAUGCAGAUGCCUGCGGCAGUGACUCCGAGAAUGACUCGAUCCAGCAGACCACCCGCAGCCUGGACCGACGCUGGAGGAACAUCUGUGCCAUGUCCAUGGAGAGGAGGAUGAGGAUUGAGGAGACCUGGCGUCUCUGGUGUAAGUUCCUGGACGACUACUCUCGCUUUGAAGACUGGCUGAAGACAUCUGAGCUCACUGCAGCCAACCCAGACUCCGCCAACGUCCUCUACACCAGCGCCAAAGAGGAGCUUAAGAAAUUCGAGGCGUUCCAGCGGCAGGUUCACGAGCGUCUUACUCAGCUGGAGCUGGUCAACAAACAGUAUCGCCGCCUGGCCCGGGAGAACCGAACCGACUCGGCCAGCAAGCUGAAAGUCAUGGUCCACGAGGGGAACCAGAGGUGGGACGGCCUGCAGAAGAGGGUGGCUUCCGUUCUCCGCAGACUCAAGCACUUUACCUCUCAGAGAGAAGAUUUUGAGGGAACCCGUGAGGGGAUCCUGGUCUGGCUCACAGAGAUGGACCUCCAGCUCACCAACGUGGAGCACUUCUCCGAGAGCGACAUCGAGGACAAGAUGAGGCAGCUGAACGGCUUCCAGCAGGAAAUCACCCUGAACACCAACAAGAUCGAUGCCCUGAUCGUGUUCGGGGAAAACCUGAUCCAGAAGAGCGCUCCCCUGGACGCCGUGCUGAUCGAGGACGAGCUGGAGGAGCUGCACUCGUACUGCCAGGAGGUGUUCGGCAGAGUGGCUCGCUUCCACCACCGCCUCGUCAACAGACGCCCGGUGCUGGAGGAGGAGAACGAACUGUCAGACCGGGACACGGACCUGGACGACUCACCCGAUCUAACCAACGGGACCUCGUGGGCGGAGGCGAGGAAUGAAAGGGAGGAGGAGGUUCCAGCUGUAGGUGGAGUCUCAGCUGGACGGCAGGCUAUGUGUCACCUCCUGGCACCCCCUCUGGAGCGAUCGGGACGGGAGACCCCCGUCAGCGUUGACUCCAUCCCGCUGGAGUGGGACCACACGGUCGACGUCGGGGGGUCGUCGUCACAUGAGGAUGAUGAGGACGCCACCUUUUUCAGCGCGCUGUCAGAUGUGAAGGUCACAGAGAGCUCAGAGUCGUUCGUUAAAGCGACUGUCAGAGCGGUGAAAGCGUCCUCGGUGAAGUCAGUGACCGACCCACCCAGCUGGCAUCAGCCCGGCUCUCCAGAGAGGAAACGAGUCCCGCGAGAAAUCAUCCGAGGUCUGAGCUCGUCUCCCAUGCACGCCACAAGCACUCCCUUCCACCAGCGGGGCUACGCUAAGCUCAUGUCAGAGUGCAGCGGCAGCAUCGACAGCGUGAAGAGGGUCAAGUUGAUCCUGAAUGACGAGGAGGAGCCCGAGGAUCCGGGUCUGACCAGCAGCACGGCUGACAAACAGACCAGCACAGGUGUGAUCGAGCGCUGGGAGCUGCUACAAGCCCAAAAGUUUAACAGCGACACAGACAUCAAGCAGGAUUUGGAGCAUUGGCAGAAGCUGAACUCCGACCUCUCUGAUGUCACUUCCUGGUUGGGCAGGGUGCUGCCAGAACUAGAGAGGCUGCAGCGGAUCGCGCCGUCCACCAGCAUCCGAGACAUAGAAGUCAACAUCAGGAAACUGAAGGAGAUGCAGAAGGCCUUCAACAGCUACAAGUGUCUGAUGAUCUCCGUCAACCUGAGCAGCCAUCACUUCCUGCGGGGCGACAGCGCUGAGCUGCGGGAGCUGCAGGAGGCCCUCGUCUCGGCCAAUCAGAGCUGGACGCAGGCCUGCGGAGGCCUGGAGAGCUGGGAGAGGAGGCUGCACUGUGCACUCAUGCAGUGUCAGGAGUUUCAUGAGACUCUACACUCCCUGCUGUUGUGGCUCGCCCAGGCCGAGAACAAACUCAAGACCGUGAACGUCAGCGACCCAUCGAUGUCGCGCUCCGUCCUGCUCGAGCACAGAGACACACUGACGACUCUGCAGGAGGAGCUCCGUUACCGUCAGCGACAGGUCUCCUCGCUGCAGGAGAUCUCCUCUCAGCUCCUCCUGGAGGCCACAGGAGAGGACAGCAUCGAGGCCAAGGAGAAGGUUCACGUCAUCUGCAACAAGCUGCGUCUGCUGCUGCGACAGACGGCCGCCGACCUGCACAUGCUGCAGGGAAGACUACAGGAAACCUGCUCGACCAGCUCUGAACUGGACAGCAUCGGUCUGGGAACGCUCAGCUCUCCUCUCAUCAAGGAGGAGGUUGGUCUACAGGCAGCUACCGUUGGACAACCGGCAACUAGAAGGGAGGAAAGGAGGGAUUCUUCCGCACGUCGACCUCUCUUCUACCGGGUUCUACGAGCUGCCUUUCCCCUGCACCUGCUCUUCUUGGUGCUGCUGGUUCUGGCCUGCCUGGUGCCUCUGUCUGAAGAGGAUUACAGCUGUACGCUAUCCAACAACUUCGCCCGCUCCUUCUACCCAAUGCUGCGUUACACCAACGGCCCUCCGCCCACAUGAAAACUGCCGCGACAUCCAAGCGGUGAGGUUCAGCCUCUUGAGUUGGAGGACUGAAAAACUCGAGGCUGAAACCUUCGUUUAAAGGCGAAGCAGCGCUGCCCUUCAUGUCUGACCUUGCGUGUUUGACUACAUUUUAUUGGUGUAUUUAAAACUGUAUUUAUUGUUUGUGGAGCUCCACGGUUAUAAAAAAAAAAGAGAGAAGCCAUAUUAGUGGUUUGUUUUUAAGUUUUGUCAUUUUUAUAUGUAGAUUUUCCAUCUAACGUCCCCAAACAAACAUCUGCAACACGUGGUGCAAAAACAACCAGAUUUAUUUUAAUAUCUGCAGUAUAUUUUCAUUUUUUCUACUCUUACUAUGGCCCGUGGGAUUCUAAUUUAAAGGAUAAAGGUCAGUUAUUACCAAAGUACACCAGCCAUUUCUACCACUGCAGCUAUUUUGACUGUUUUUCUUAGAAGACAGCCACUCGUCAACGGCACAUUUUGUACAGAAAAUAAGUGUGUUGUUUUGUUUCUGCUGUUUGAUUUAGAGGUAUUUAAGAUAUGACUGUUUUUGUUUUUUGUUUUUUUAAAUGAUGGCAGUGACUCAUCUGCAGACAUGCCUUUCUGUAGCCAACAGAACUCCACAACUUUAUCAGAUAAGGUACUUUUAGUGGCAUCACUGGUGAGUUUUGUACUUAAGGGCAAACUCCUAAGAAGGUAAAUUAUUGUUUUUGUGCGUGAGCGUGGCUCUGAAACCUAUCAAAGUAAUUUAACACUGGUGAGAAUUUAAAAUGAUUUUAUAUAUUGUAUAUUUGUGGCUUUCAAAGUCACGCUGGCUUGGUAAAAUAGACAGAUAUUUUCCUAUAAUGUAAACUGUACGGCCAGUGUUUUGGAGGUCAUUUUUAAGUAUUUUAGCAGGUCACUCAACCUAAAAUAUAUAUUUUUUAAAGGCACAGAGCCUCAAAUUAAAGCUGCAUAAUGCCAUUAUUGACCACUAGGGGAAGGAAGCAUUUAAACACACUGAGGUAACAAUAACUAAUCGAGUACUUUUAGCCAACAAGCUAAUAGCAUAAAAACUGCCUUCCUACACGUCCAGCAGAGAAAGAGAAAUGUGAUCUGUCUCUUCUGCUAGAUGUUUUUUCACUUUCUUCACUGGCUAGUAGCUAACUAACUCCAGUUUGAGCACUGAGCUUCAACCAUCUGGUCUCUGUGAAGCUGUAAAACCAAAACAGUUAGCUUAAAGAGGCUAAAUAGGUCUGUACAGCUGCAGAGUUAGGAGUUGAUUCUCAGUGUGUGUUCACGUUACACGUUAGAAUUAAUCACAAACUUGUUAGGAGAUUGACAACAGCAAACACAUAUCACACUGCCAUACUGCCAUUCAGCGUUUAUGUUGUAGCCGUGUGGUCUUUAUAUUAAAAAAAUUAAACUAAUACUCCCAACAGUGUCCGAGUCAGCCCCAUGGAGCGAAGCCCUGCCGGUUAAAACAAAGACUGAACUAAAAUACACAGUUUGUGCUUUACACUGUAACGAACAUGUUGGAUUUACCUGAAUGCUGCUUUAAAAUACUCUUCAGUCACAGCGCACUUGUCCGACUGGUGUCAGAAUCUAACAAGCCAGACUUAGAAUACAACAUGAAUGUAAGUGAUCCUUUGGGCACUGAAUGUAGCUGUGUACAUGCACAAUCAAAGAUCAUUAAAUGUACGUAAUUUACAUUGUUAAUAUUAUUGAUCCUUAAUGUAAAGAAUAUAUGAUUUGAUUUGAAAUUCAGUGUUUGAUACCAAUUUGUACAUAAUUUCCUGCUUACACUCAAAAGGCCAGCAGAACAGAAACAAACGACAACGUGUGUGAAGUUUGAUUUAUUUUGCAAACUUAUUAUUUAUGGGAUGUACAGAUUGUCAUUUCUGAUUGACAAUAAACUGUGUUUAUGAUUGAU